GUUGAACUGAAACAGUUAAAGAGCUUGCAACCUUUCCUCUCUCUUACAUUUAACAUUAAAUAUCCACCCUGCAAAGGACGGCCUUUCCUCUCUGUCUAGAGUGGCAUGCUUUCCUUCCUUCCUGCCCAAGCCAGCUUGAUAUGUAUCAGGAACAAGAAAACUCACAUUUACUGUUGAAUCAAGAAAAAUUGGUUGCAAGAAUCAAAAGGUCAGAGAGAGAAAAAGAUUUGCACAAGAUUCCAGACGUCACAGUAGCGAGAGAGAGAGAGAGAGAGAGAGAGAGGGGGGGAAAGAUUUUAAAUUUAUACAUGGGAAAUGCUUUGGUGGAGAGAGAGAGAGAGACAGUGUCUGCAGGGACAGUUUGGUGUGUAUGGGAUGGCUGCUUUAUUAGACCUCUGUGGAGGCUCCCAUUUACUCAUUUUGCUCUUCUUGUGGCUUGGUGGGUGGGGAGAGUUGCACACUACUGUUGGGGAAGGCUACUACUCUACUGGGUCUUAGCCACUGUCUUCCUGGUUUCCUGAUCUUGAUUGCAGUUCGGACUUUGAUGCUGUAGACCUUGAUAUCUUAAAAGUCUUUAGGUGGGCUUCUUGAUCCUUCUUAGUAGGGAGUGGAGUCGGAGGAGUGUGAGUUACAGCUGAUUGAGGCUUCUCGGGUGCUGGCUUGGAUCUUUUUCUAGGAGUGGGUUCUUGAGGAGGAAGAGAGUAGAUGGCAGGAGGUGGAGGAGCGGCGCCUGCGCCGAAGCCGGACGAGUUGCAGCCGCACCCGGUGAAGGAUCAGUUGCCCAAUGUUUCCUACUGUAUCACCAGCCCUCCUCCCUGGCCUGAAGCCAUACUCCUUGGUUUCCAACAUUUUCUGGUUAUGCUAGGCACGACUGUUAUCAUUCCCACUGCACUUGUUCCUCAAAUGGGUGGAGGAAAUGAUGAGAAAGCCAGGGUAGUCCAGACAUUGCUCUUUGUGGCUGGCAUCAACACUCUUUUCCAGACUUUGUUUGGCACACGCUUGCCGGCAGUGAUAGGCGGUUCUUAUACGUUUGUUGUGCCAACCAUCUCUAUCAUCUUGGCUGGUCGUUACAGUGAUAUUGUGGAUCCUCAUGAGAAAUUUUUGCGUAUAAUGCGUGGAACCCAGGGUGCCCUAAUUGUUGCUUCAACCCUUCAGAUUAUUAUCGGUUUCAGUGGUCUUUGGCGAAAUGUAACUAGAUUCUUAAGUCCACUGGCGGCGGUUCCUCUGGUUGCACUUGCUGGAUUUGGGCUUUAUGAGCUUGGUUUUCCUGGGGUUGCCAAAUGCAUUGAAAUUGGGCUUCCACAGAUAAUUCUUUUGGUCAUUUUCUCACAGUACAUCCCUCAUGCCCUACGUUCAGAGAAGCCUGUGUUUGAUCGAUUUGCUGUCAUAUUUUCGGUUACAAUUGUGUGGCUUUAUGCAUACUUUCUUACGGUGGGAGGAGCAUACAAACAUUCCCCACCAAAGACACAAUUACAUUGCCGUACAGAUCGGUCAGGGCUUGUUGGUGGCUCUCCCUGGAUACGAGUUCCAUAUCCUUUUCAAUGGGGUGCACCAACGUUUGAUGCUGGUGAAGCUUUUGCAAUGAUGGCUGCUUCAUUUGUUUCUCUUGUUGAGUCUACUGGUACUUUCAUUGCGGUAACAAGAUAUGCUAGUGCAACACCAUUGCCUCCAUCAGUUCUUAGUCGUGGGAUUGGUUGGCAGGGAAUUGGUAUCUUGUUGGAUGGACUAUUUGGAACUGUUAAUGGGUCAUCAGUAUCAGUUGAAAAUGCUGGUUUACUAGCUUUGACACGUGUUGGCAGCCGAAGGGUUGUGCAAAUAUCUGCAGGAUUCAUGAUUUUCUUUUCUAUUCUUGGAAAAUUUGGAGCAGUUUUUGCAUCGAUUCCUGCACCGAUUUUUGCAGCUCUAUAUUGUCUUUUCUUCGCAUACGUCGGUGCUGCAGGCCUUAGUUUUCUGCAGUUCUGCAAUCUUAAUAGCUUCCGAACUAAGUUCAUACUAGGUCUAUCUGUUUUCAUGGGCCUGUCGGUUCCCCAGUACUUCAAUGAGUACACUUCUGUUGCUGGUUACGGUCCGGUUCAUACCAAAGCAAGAUGGUUCAAUGAUAUCAUUAACGUAAUAUUCUCUUCAAAGCCAUUUGUUGCUGGAUUAGUGGCAUUUUUCUUGGACAACACCCUGCAUAGGCACAACGAAGCUACAAGAAAGGACAGAGGUUAUCAUUGGUGGAAAAAGUUCCGAAGCUUCAAGGCAGACAUGAGAAGCGAGGAAUUCUACUCAUUGCCGUUUAACCUCAAUAAAUUUUUCCCAUCUGUAUGAGCUUCCAGGCUAGUUGUUAUUCAAAAUGUCACGUCCUAUCAAUUUAGAGAGUUCUCAUGGCGGUCGUACUAUAUUUCAUUUUGCUUCUUGUCUUGUGGAAAAAUCUUGUCGUAUAAACGAAUCUAAAUGUUUUUUCCUUUAGCAAUUUUCUUUCGGUAUAUCUAUCACAACUUUGGAAUUGUUUAUU